GUUGGAGGAGGGUUUAAAGCCAGGUGCCCCGAGUCAGCUCGCCAUGUCCAGAUCCGGUGACAGGACCUCCACCUUCGACCCCAGCCACAGUGACAACCUGCUGCACGGCCUGAACCUGCUGUGGAGGAAGCAGCUAUUUUGCGACGUGACCCUGACGGCCCAGGGCCAGCAGUUCCACUGCCACAAGGCCGUGCUGGCCUCCUGUUCGCAGUACUUCCGAUCACUCUUCUCCAGCCACCCCCCUCUCGGGGGAGGGGUCGGCGGCCAGGACGGCUUGGGGGCCCCCAAGGACCAGCAGCAGCAACAGCAGCAGCCACAGCAGCAGCCUCCACAGCAGCAGCAGCCGCCGCCACAGGAGGAGCCCGGGACUCCUUCCUCCUCCCCCGACGACAAGCUGCUGACCAGUCCCCGAGCCAUUAACAACCUAGUGCUGCAGGGCUGCUCGUCCAUCGGGCUGCGCCUAGUGCUUGAAUACCUCUACACGGCCAACGUGACCCUCUCCUUAGACACCGUGGAGGAGGUGCUGUCGGUCAGCAAGAUCCUGCACAUCCCUCAGGUCACCAAGCUCUGCGUUCAGUUCCUCAACGAUCAGAUCUCGGUGCAGAACUACAAGCAGGUGUGCAAGAUUGCCGCACUGCACGGCCUGGAGGAAACCAAGAAGCUGGCCAACAAGUACCUGGUGGAGGAUGUGCUGUUGCUUAACUUCGAGGAGAUGCGUGCCCUGCUGGACUCGCUGCCGCCCCCCGUGGAGUCGGAGCUGGCACUUUUCCAGAUGUCCGUGCUGUGGCUGGAGCACGACCGUGAGACCCGCAUGCAGUACGCGCCCGACCUCAUGAAGCGCCUCCGCUUCGCGCUCAUCCCCGCCCCGGAGCUGGUGGAGCGGGUACAGUCCGUGGAUUUCAUGCGCACCGACCCGGUCUGCCAGAAGCUGCUGCUGGACGCCAUGAACUACCACCUGAUGCCCUUCAGGCAGCACUGCAGGCAGAGCCUGGCCAGCAGAAUUCGCUCUAACAAGAAAAUGCUGCUGUUGGUUGGAGGCUUGCCUCCCGGACCGGACCGGCUCCCCAGCAAUCUGGUCCAGUAUUACGAUGACGAAAAGAAGACAUGGAAAAUACUCACAAUUAUGCCUUACAACAGUGCCCACCACUGCGUUGUCGAGGUAGAAAACUUCCUGUUCGUGUUGGGUGGAGAGGACCAGUGGAAUCCAAAUGGAAAACAUAGCACAAAUUUUGUCAGCCGCUAUGAUCCCAGAUUUAAUAGUUGGAUCCAACUUCCACCCAUGCAAGAAAGAAGAGCCAGUUUCUACGCAUGCCGCUUGGACAAGCAUUUAUAUGUGAUUGGUGGGAGGAAUGAAACCGGCUACCUGUCCAGCGUGGAGUGCUACAACCUGGACACCAACGAGUGGCGCUAUGUGUCCUCUUUGCCUCAGCCUCUGGCAGCCCAUGCAGGAGCAGUGCACAAUGGGAAAAUAUAUAUUUCAGGGGGUGUGCACAACGGAGAGUAUGUGCCAUGGUUGUAUUGUUAUGACCCUGUCAUGGAUGUCUGGGCCCGCAAACAAGACAUGAACACAAAACGCGCCAUCCACACUUUGGCUGUGAUGAAUGAUCGCUUAUACGCAAUUGGAGGGAAUCAUUUGAAAGGUUUCUCCCACCUUGACGUCAUGCUUGUGGAGUGCUAUGACCCAAAAGGCGACCAGUGGAACAUUCUCCAGACCCCCAUCCUGGAGGGUCGCAGCGGCCCCGGCUGUGCGGUGCUUGAUGACAGUAUUUAUCUGGUGGGGGGCUACAGCUGGAGUAUGGGUGCCUACAAGUCGUCUACGAUCUGCUACUGUCCAGAAAAGGGAACCUGGACUGAACUCGAAGGCGAUGUGGCUGAACCUCUGGCAGGCCCAGCCUGUGCAACAGUCAUCUUACCAGCCUGUGUACCCUACAACAAAUAACAGCAGGAAAUCCUGGCACAAUGCCACAUCUAGGAUGCAGUGGCAGGUGACGCUGAUGUCCUGCAGGAACCAUGCCAUUCCAAUGGUACAACUGCCAAAAGACACCUUUGCUUUCUGAAUUACAAGUCACUACGGGAGAAAGAGACCUGUUCUAGAACAGAUGUGGUCUGCAACUCAACUUGUGGCAGGGACAGCCUCUUCUAUAUCAGACUGGUUUUAAUAUGUCCCCUCUACACAAACUCACGUGGAGCUAAACUUGCAAAGAGAAAGAAACCACAGAAGACUGGCCCCAGAGAUCUAAGAUCCGUAUCGUGCAUUGUGUCCUAACUGCAUGUGAUAGGCCUUGACAUUUGGAGGAUAUUUUGUACAUGAAUGAUUCAAAAUCUGACCCACCAGAAUGCUUACCCUGCAUUCCAGACAUUGCCACUUGAUUCUGUACUUGUAACGCUUGGCUUCCUCACCAACUCCAUAGGUAACACAGCAACCGAGAACCCCAGAAGACGGAAUAUGGGCAUUUUUGUUUCUACACAAUCAUAGUUUGCAUUCCUUACAGCUCCUUAGGAGAUCAAGGAAAACUCAGCUGUUGGUCUCGUUGGCAAUUGUUCUCUGCCAGAGUCUUAAUUUCAUGACUUUUAUUGUCCUUGAAAAUGAAAACAAAGCACAUUCAGUUGUUCUUCAGCUCCCAGAAUCUUGUGAUUCCUCACUUUUUACAGCGCUUUAUGUAGUGAACAUAAGGACAAUUUGUCUCAAAAGAUAAGACCAACAAACUUCAUCACAGAAUAUUUCAGAAAUUCUGUCGCAUAACAAGUUGUCCCAAAUUUAAUCCUUAAUAAAAGCUGACAAAUCACUUUCAGGAAUUCAGGCAUACAAGAAAAACUUUCUCUUGAGAAAGAUCCCAAUUUUAUUUCUGAAUCUUAAAACACAUGACCUUCAGCUGAAGAGAUUGCUCAGUGGUUCAGAGCACUUACU